AUGUCUCGUCGCAAGGGACCUUAUUGCCUUGACGGAGCGGUUGGGGCUGGCCCAACCCCGGCACGGCCGGUGCGGGUGUACUUUCCAAGGGACAAGCCGACCCGAGAGAGCACGUCCCGGAUUUCUCCGGUGCGGGCACGAUCCCGUCACGCACCGAUCCGGCACGGCACCGAUCCGGGUCCCGAGGGGGUUCUGGGGGUUCGAGGCGCCGCUCACGGCUCCGACGUGUUACUGCCGGGCGCCGAUCUCUUCACGUCGGUUACGGCUACUCCGCACGGCCGGCUCAGGCACGCUACCGCACGCGACUCAGGGAGCGAUCAGGCACGAAUGGUCAGAUCCCGGGUCGACUCGGCUGUCGCCAUCGAGGGCGUGGACCGGCACUACUCGCGUCCGCCCCAUGGCCUCUCGGAGGGGUUCAGUCUGCUUCACAAGCGGACAGCGUUCUACCUGACAUUGAGGUCCGCGGCCGCUUUCCUGAGGUCACCACGGAACAUUGGUCGCGCAGCAGUGGGGCUUCUGGACGCCCUGGGCAUAUCAGCAAGCACAGGAGACAGCCUCCCGACCUCGCCUGAGACUGAACCCCGCAGGCGCCAGAGACGCGUUCCAUCUGAGGCCGGCCACCGGAUCCGCUUCUGCCAGGUGUCUCUCGUCAUCCUCGGCCGGAUGAAGCAGUGGCGGGGACGACAACACUGGUCCCCCGCUAGACCUCAGGGCAAAACCAGAGAAUCUCCUCAGCGCUGUCUGCACAAACAUGAGAUCCAAGUUGAGGAGGGUUCCGACGUUGCGACCCGCGUCGUCACAGUUACUCUCGGCAAUUGCGCGCUACUCGGAGAGGAUGCACACUACACAGUGAAGCAAUUCCAUGAACCCAAUGUGACCCUGAGGGACCUGCAGCCGGACACAGCCUAUCUGCUCCGUGUGCGCUCCAUCACACCCCUAGGCCCUGGACCCUUCUCCCAGGAACAGGAGUUUCGCACCCUCCCUCCAGAGACAGGGGCUCCAUCUGGCGGGGUGCUUGUCUCCAUUGUCUUUGGAAUCCUACUCUUUAUUGGACUGGUUGUGGGAAUCUUCAUCUUCACACAAAGGAAAGCCUGUUGUCACCAAGCACGACCAGACUAUGACAUCUCAGCCUUCGACGGAGAGGAGAAGGUCUGGUUGAAGCCCUAUGUGGACCUACAGCCCUAUGAGGACCCGAGCAGGGGGGUCUUGGAGUUCACCAAGGAACUAGAUGUGGCCUAUAUCACCAUGGAGAAUGUUAUUGGGGAGGGGGAGUUUGGGGAGGUCUAUCGUGGCACCCUGCGCCUGCCAGGGAAAGAGCGUAUUGUGGUUGCUAUCAAGACCCUGAAGUCAACAUAUUCGGACUCUCAGUGGUGGAAUUUUCUGCGUGAGGCAACAAUCAUGGGCCAGUUCAAUCACCACAACAUCGUGCACCUGGAGGGGGUCGUCACCAAGCGGAAGCCGAUGAUGAUCAUCACUGAGUAUAUGGAGAAUGGUGCCCUGGACACGUUCCUCCGGGAAAACGAGGAGAAGUUCAGCUCUGUACAGCUGGUGGUUAUGCUGCAGGGCAUUGCCUCAGGCAUGACCUACCUUUCAGACCGCAACUAUGUGCACCGGGACCUGGCUGCCCGCAACAUCCUGGUAACUCACAGCCUGCAGUGCAAAGUGUCUGACUUUGGCCUGUCCCGGAUAUUGGAAAACGAUGUGGAGGGGACGUACGAAACUAAGGGCGGGAAGAUCCCCAUCCGCUGGACAGCACCUGAAGCCAUUGCUCAUCGGAUCUUCACUUCAGCCAGCGACGUCUGGAGUUACGGCAUUGUCAUGUGGGAGGUGCUGUCCUUUGGGGACAAGCCCUACGGAGACAUGACCAAUCAGGAGGUGAUGAAGAGCAUAGAGGAUGGGUACCGACUCCCUCCCCCUGUGGACUGCCCAUCCAUCCUCUACGAGCUCAUGAAAGGCUGCUGGUCGUACGAUCGCAUGCGACGGCCCCGCUUCCAGGAGAUCCAGGGCCAGCUAGAACACUUCAUCUCCAGCCCCCAUUUACUCCGAUCUGUUGCAGACUUCGACCCCAGGGUGACGCUGCGGCUCCCCAGCUGCAGUGGGUCUGACGGAAUCCCUUAUCAGUCAAUCCCAGAGUGGCUGGAAUCCAUCCGCAUGAAGCGGUAUAUCCUCAACUUCCGCACUGCUGGCUUGGACACCAUGGAAUCCAUCCUGGAGCUCACUACUGAGGACUUGAAAAAGAUGGGGGUGUCGCUUCCAGGCCACCAGAAGAGGAUUCUGUGUAGUAUCCAGGGCUUCAAGGAGUGACUGGACCUCAGGCCCUCAAGCUACCAGCAUUCCCAAGCCUACUGGGUAUCACUUGGAGCCAUUCCCAUGGCAGUUGUUUCCAAGAAGAGAGACUGAGGUGAUCAAAGCAACUAACAGGACAAAAAGAACUCUCCUGCAAAACCUGCCUCCUCUGCUCUGCCUGCUCCAUCCAUGUGUGUGUCUGCACCGAGGUUGCAGGGUGCUGUACAUACACCAGAGCCAGGACACCGUUUUCAGCUCCAACACUUGACAUUCUCUGUACGAUAUUCUGUGCAGCACUGAAAUAGCCCCUGCAGCACAGACUGAGGCCUGAGUGGUCCAGAGGGGGAAAUCUUUAGAGAUGCACAAGCACAUGGAGUGACUCCCCUGUUGAGAGACAAGAGCUGAAGAGAAGAAUCUCUGGGGAACCUACACAGGGGAUGGGGCAACAGAAAGUCUCAUCCCUGCUUUCCCCGCUACCACCUUUGUAGCAUAUGUUCCACAUUGCUGCAGCAGUGCAUCUGCCUUCCCCAUUUGAUUGUUAUGAUGGAAGCAGGUACAAGCAGCUGCGGAGAUCAGAGUAAGGAUUCUUCUUAACUUUCUUUGCAGCGAGUAUAUCUGCCAAUAAUGCUAAGUAACGAUAUACUCCACUAUACAGUGCCCCCUCCUCCUUGUGAGGGAGGAAAGAGCCUGAAAAAGAAGGAAAUGGGGUACCCUGCUCUUGUUCAUGUGCGUCCCAGUUUCUUUCAUGAGACAGAAGCAAGGUUAAUGCUGAAGCAAGGCUAUUCCCACCCCACCGUGUGUGGCCUGUAUUUCCCUUUCUCCUGUCACCUGUUUUCUCCUGCAGCCUGUUCCAAAUGUGCUGCAAGGGGGAGAUUGUUCCUGUGUGGAAGAAAAUAUGGAAUUUUUAAGUCUGAGUGCUCAGGGGGAAGGCACGGUGGCCUGUAACUUUUUUUUUUGUAAAUA